AUGAAGCUAGACAUCGGGAUUAUGUUGUUUUGUGGGGUAAUUUCUGUUACUGCUAGUGACCAAAGUCAAGUAAAUUCCAUCACCAACGACCCUAGCGCUUAUGAACUUUCGGGAUUCAGCUUAGAGCUACUGUUGACUGAGUUGGAUAACAUUCAGCAUAGUCUUCUGCAACAACAUCGAUCUACUCAAAAACAGAUCUUUGCUGCCAUUCAUAAAUUUGAGAAUGAAUUUGAACGCAAUUUGACCGUCAUUCAGGAUCGAUCGUUAAUGAUUCCUACAGUGCAGGACUCGUGUGUUGAACCGAAGCCUAAGCAACAGACUUAUUCGUCCUGCAAGGCUGUACCAUCUAACGUUUCUGGAGUUUAUCGCAUCCGGGUGAACAGUGAUAGCGACCCGAUCGAAGUGUAUUGUGAACAAGAGAGCUUUGGAGGAGGAUGGAUUGUGCUACAGCAGCGAUUUGACGGAUCGACGGACUUUUAUCGGAACUGGACCGAAUAUCGUGACGGAUUUGGUGAUUUGGAGAAGGAAUUCUGGCUCGGUCUGGAGAAAAUGCACCAAAUUACGACAGCACGGGCGCAUGAAUUGAUCGUAGAGAUGAAGGAUUUUAACGGAACUUACAUCUAUGCUCAUUACACGGCAUUUAAGAUUGGAGGUGAAAGUGAACCAUACAGGCUUAAGAGUCUAGGAACGUACAGUGGCACUGCCGGUGACUCAAUAUCCCAUAACAAGAGGAUGAAAUUUACAACCAAGGACCGCGAUAAUGAUCUGCUUGGCGAUACGCAAUGUGCUCAACUUACUGCCGGAGCUUGGUGGCACAACGAUUGUACCUACGUGAAUUUAAACGGUCGUUACCUUAAUGCCGACUACAAAACAUCGGUGUAUUGGUAUUCAUUCAAAUUCAACCACCAAGGAUUGAGUUUCUCGAGAAUGAUGAUUCGUGCACUUUCUCAAAUAUAUAAUUAA